AUGGACUCGCCACACAGUCCCCGUAGUUCCGUCACGGUGGAACACGGCAGUCCAACAGCACCGCCGCGGUCGACCCCGUCCCCGAGCCAAGAAAACGAGGAGGCCGGGGAUGACCAGCAGACUUGCGAGCUCCACAAGAACAACGACCAGACCGACACGGAGAGCUGUGGAGCUCCAAGUUCCCCAGAGGCCGAUGAGCCUUCCAAUGAGGAGAAUAGCGCGGCGGAUGACGAGAACGAGGAAGCACCUAGGCCCAGAAGAAAUUUCUGUGUCAUGCCCUCGUUGUGCGCUGCUUGGGUCGAUCUCGGGUGGCUGAACGAGCACGAUCUAUGGUACCGGAGCAUAUUCAGAACACUGUACCAGGACCCAGACGGAGGAUUUCUAUACUUCCUAUUGUCCAACGACUGGCGGGUGUGGCUCAAAUGGGAUGGGUGGUUCGUUCACGUCGACGAGAACGGGCGGAUCCCACAGUGGAUGUUCGACGAAAUGCACCCGGCAUGGCGAGUCCGCUGGGAGGCCAAUAGACGUGCUAUGGGGCAGUCACGAUCGCCUAUUCCAUCAAAUGAGAGCAUCGAGCCUGGUCAUUGA